CUUUUCCAGCAGAUUACAAGUUCCUGAUAUAAAAUAUCAUUCUAUUUUGAUGUGGAGAUUAAUUAUGUGUUUUGCCAGGUUGCAAUUAAUAAUGUUAGAGUUUCUUUUCAAAAGCUAAAAAGUUUUAUAGACUAGUAAAGUACUUACAAGUUGGCAACCCUGGACAGAGGCAGAAAUGUCAAAGUAAAUGUAAACAAAACAGUUUUGUGAGGUUAGAUUUCCACUGCUUUGGCAUUUGGUAGGACAAUUUUUUUAAUUUUUAAAUAAUUUCCUUAAAAAACUCCAUGGUUGUAUAUUAAAAAUGAGCUCCAAAGAAAAAGACGGUAAAACGUUCAAUGCCCGGUUAAAGGAUUUUUUCAAAAAGCCGCUAGGUAACCCCGGUGGAAAACACGAGUUUACCCUGUCUCAAGAGGUUAUCAGAGACCUAAGUAGAGAGUCACCCUUGCAAACUAGACUGAAAACCCUCAAAGAUUUGUGCAGCGUUAAUGUUGUUGAAAAACUAUGGAGUUGCACCGAAGACCUAUACUCAAAAGACCACACAGAAGCCAGACACCAACUCUUCUUUUUCAUGCAAUGCCUAGUAAAAGGCCAAACCGAAAGACUAACCCUAAUGAGGGCCCAAUUCUUCAGACUAAUAAAACACCACGACCAUCCCGAAGACAUCGGCCAAAAGCUCGACUUACUAAUAGCCCUAACCUCAAAUGGCAAAGUGGUGCUAUUUUUUGAAGAGGAAAUUGGCAGGUUUUUGCUCAACUGGCUGCCAGAGAUUUCGCAAGUUGGCAAAAUCGAAGAUUAUCUAAUGAUGAUUGACAAUGUUAUUCACUAUAAUGCCGCUUACCUGGACGAAGAAAUCAUCAAUGGAUUUAUUGAGCAUAUUUGUUUAUUGUGCAGCCCCACCAGUCAAAGUACGACUAUAAAAUUGUGCCUGCAAACAAUGUCCAGCAUUGUAGCUUACAGCAACAUGUCGCCGGACUCUUUGCCGAAGUUUAUUGGAGCCCUUUGCAGGACUGUUAUCGAUCAGAAAUAUUGCCAGCGAAGCUGGCAGGCUUUAAAAGGAAAUCAUCCUGCUGUUGCUUAUGAAGUAGCUUUGGCCAUUCAGCAACUCAUUAAUAGACAUGGAUUGGUUUUAAUGGACUCGUCUUGGUCAGUUAUAAUAAGAAUAAUUUCAAAUAUUCUUUGCAUAGCAAAUACAGAACCAAAUCCGCACAAUAUAGACUUGAAAUCAAUUAUAAUGAGUUCAAUGAAUACAAUCGAAAACUACAUAGAGUUGGGCCAGUAUAACGGACACAUUGGAAGCUACUAUAAGUUGUUAGAAGAGUGUGCAAUUGACAGGCCAGACGAAAGCAUCCUGAAACUCCUCGAACAUUUAUCUAAACAUUUAAAUCCUUGUGAUCAUUUAUGGUUGAACCAACUCAACAAUUUGUUUGUAGUGUUUUUCAGAAGCGAAAUGCGCCCUGUGAUUCGUUUAAAAGUCUUACAAAUACUUACAGAUAUAUUUAAAUUGAACAAAGAACAAUACGAGGAAGAUAUAAUUGAUAAAAUCGUUAUUGUACAUACAAGUCUUGUUGUAAACGACCACGACAUGCUUGUGAAAACUUCCGUUAUCAAAAUGCUUGUAGAAAUGUGUAUGUUUUGCGAAUCCAAACGUUGCCUAGAGCUUUUGGACAUAUUAGAAAGAUUUCUCAAUCGUCCUUUUGAUAAUGCUUGUCCGGAAUCAGACUAUCAAGACAUUAUUUGUUUGGCAACAGGCCUAACAGCUUUAUUUGUAAAAAAAAUCUACAAGUUACCUUCAGCCCACGCUUUAAGGAUUUACACGAUGCUUUUGACGUUUUUGGAAAAGCAUUAUAGCAUGCCUGUUUUGUUCCAAGAUUGUCCACAAAUAAGAUACACUAAUGAAAAAGAUUGGGAAAUUUUAAAUUUGGUUUUAAGUGGGAUACCAAAGGGGCUUCAAAAUAAGUCUUUGGUGAUUGGCAAGGGCAAUAAUGAGCUUGAUUUGCUUGUUAGUGUACUUUGUUCAAUGGUAUCCGACAAACAGCUUAAUCUUCCAGAAUCUUUAAAUGUAAAAAUAAACAAAGCAGACUUUCAUUCAAAUAUUUCUUUGGUACUGGUUAAUUUAUCCUCGUACCACUCCUACCUGGACAAUCCUAGCCAAACAAAAAUGAUUAGAUGUAUAAUGAAAUGCAUACAGAGUGCUCCAAAAAGCUCAAAACCUAGUAUUUCUGCUUUGACAAUUUGUACUCUUGAAAUGAAAGAUGUUAUGGUUAAAAUAUUGCCCGAAGUUUUAUUGAAUUUGUCGAAAAUGUCGCCUACUAAUCAUGUAGCUGUUCCAGUACUGGAAUUUCUUUCAACCAUGACUCAGCUACCGACAAUUUUCGCCAACUUUGUAGCUGACCAAUACAUGGCAGUUUUUGCUGUAGCCUUGCCUUAUAGCAACCCCUUCAGAUUCAACCACUACAUUGUAUCGUUGGCCCAUCAUGUGAUUGCAGUUUGGUUUUUGAAAUGUCGUCUAACAUUUCGCAGGGAUUUUGUUAGGUUUAUUACUAAUGGUCUGAAAACCAAUCUUCAACCCAAUGAGGAAACGUUUUUCGGAAAGCUGGAUUUGACCAGUAUUAAUCAAGAUAGUUCUGACAGGAAACGGUCUUCGAGUUUGACUGAACAGGGUUCCAGAAGACGUGACGAACGCACUUUACCCGUAAGAAUGGACAAAGGCGUAAUAAUGAAAAAGGGCCAACCUCCCAACAAACAACUGAGCAUGUUUUACGAAGAAUUGCCAGGGGCAGAAUUCCUCUUAAAUGAAGGCCAAUCAAAAACCUGGCUAGUAGGAAAUAAAUUGGUCACAGUAACGACCAGUGGUUGCUCUCAAAAAGUAAUGAGGCAAGGCCUUUGCGACAAAUGCUGGAUUAUGUGCAACACCAAAACAGACAAAAAGUUUCUUACUACAGGCAGCACUAGCACUGAAACCAGCCGACAAAAUUCUUCAAAUUCAGUCAAUUCGCCUCAAGAAGAAACCGCCAAACUUGUAGAAGAAUCAGUCGCUAAUCGUUUACAAGAAACUUUUAAAAAAGAAGAAAUAAAAGAAGAAAACUACACUUGCGCCUGUUGGUGUCAAGGUUGGGCAGAAGUUUACAUUAGAAAACCAACAGGCGAUGUUUCUUGGAUAAUGCGCAUCCAAAACGAUAUCGCAUUUACUCACGAAACAUAUGAGUUUCCUUUAAAUGAUGUAUCUACAUUGUACGGGCCCAAUGAGGAACCUCAAAGGCCUGUUUUAGUAAGACAAGAUACUUUUGACAGCAAUAAUGAUGAGGAGGCAAGUGUAGACACUCCUAAGCCUACAACGUCCCGACAAAACUCUCAAGACAGCAUUGAAGAGGAAAAUGAAGAAAUUGUUUACGAAGAUGGAACUAAAGCAAGGAAUCCUGUUAGAAGAUCCAAUUCUAGUCCAGAAAUGUCUGCAAAUUGGAAAAAUCCCUUUCACAAACUGGGCUCGUCUUCGUCUGCCUCAUCAGAAAGCGACAACACCGAAGACAAAAAACCAAAAUUGUAUUCAAUGGACAUGCGCGUUAGUUGCGAAGCAAUCCCUGAAGAAAUCGCUGGGACAAGUCCGCCCCAAGCGGAACAUCCUUCGCUGAUUAGUUAUCACAGUUUUCCAGGUUCUAGUGAACCGCAUAUUUUGCCCAAGCUUUAUCAAACGGUGCCGCCUUCGCCAGCGAUUCAAACGGAGUUUCAGCAAAGGCCUACUAGUUUGGGUAGUUUGCAACCGUUGGCGGGCAAACCACCUCAAAGUCCUACUCAGACUAGUCCCAGAUUGUCGAGACAUAAUAACAAAGGUGGUCAAGAACUUCAAAAAAGUUCCUCCUCCUCAAUAGUUCUAGACCGAAACAGCCAUUUAACUCAAGCCAGAGAGAGAGCCAAAGAACGCAAAAUAAGUGGCAGUACAGAACGAUUAUCGUCCCUAGACCCUAAUCAACCUUUGGCCAGACGUGAAAGAGGCCACACCAUAUCGGUAAUGCCUAUCCGAUCCAGGCCCAGAUCCGAGCCUAUCAAGCCCUUACCAAGAAGCGGAGUAAAUCCUAGUUUUGUAUUUUUGCAACUUUACCAUUCAGCAUAUUUUACCGAUUACAACAGAUACGAAAAACCCUUAAUUGUAGGCACCAGCGAUGUGGUUAACAGAUCUAUAAACUUGUUAGACAAAGUGCCUCCAUAUGAAAUGCACAAAGUUGGAGUAAUUUAUAUACGAGAAGGCCAAGUUAAUAAUGAAGCUGAGAUUUUGAGAAACAGCUUUGGUUCUUUGAGGUAUAUUGAGUUUUUGCAAAAACUUGGCAGUUUGGUUAAAAUAGCUGAUACCGAGCCUCAAUUAUUAGGCGGUUUAGAUGAAAAUGGCAACGACGGAAAGUUCACUUAUUUGUGGAAAGACGACGUUGUAAGAGUCACUUUCCAUGUAGCUACCUUAAUGCCAAAUAAAGACUCAGAUCCGAAUUGUAACAACAAAAAAAUGCAUAUAGGUAAUGACUAUGUGAUUAUUGUAUACAAUGAAAGCAAAGAAGAAUUUGACAUGAAAACAAUCAAAAGCCAAUUCAAUUUUGCCUCAAUCAUCAUCCAACCUUUGGAUCAUGGCAUUAACAAAGUAAUAAUGAAGAUUAAAGAUGUAUUAAAAGAUUUAGCAGUAGUUGGAAACGAUCCUAAAAUUGUCUCAGACCAAAACGUUGCCAUUUUGGCUAGACAAUUGGCAAUACAUGCGAAUUUGGCAUCACUGGUUGCUACUUCAUUGAAACAGAGUCCCAGCGAUCCUUAUGCCUCCACUUGGCUGGAACGUUUGAGGCAGAUUAAGAAGGUGAGGAAGAAGGUGCUGGACGAGCAAAAGAAUGAGGAGCAAAACAAUUAUCCGACUGAGGAGGUUAAGAGUAAAAAACCUAUUGAGGAUUUUACUGAGUAUUCUUAAGUUUAAUGUUUAUAGAAUACUUAUAUUAAUAAAUAAUAAAAUUUGAAUGUAUUGCGUUUGUAGAUGAUUUAAUUGACUUCAAUUGGAGCCUAAUUAUGUUAGGAUCGGAUUGAAAUUAACAAAGUUGUGAGGCAAAAUGUGAAUUGAUGUCAUUCAA